GUUUGGGUUGUUAGUAUUUUUCCUUUGUGUCACUGUGGGUUACAGAAUGGAACGUGCAACACGAUGCAGCCCUCCUGCUCGUUUUCCAGUCGGAUUACCGAGGCCGACUGGAGGGAUAUCUGUGUUUGAAUUCAAUUAGUUCACUUUUCUCUCUGGAUUAGUAGCCCAUUCUGAUUAAGUCCUGUUAUUUGGUGCUUCAACUCAGUCCAGCAACUGAAGACUCUUGAUCUGCCGGAUCAGCUCCUUCCAAAUGCCCUUUGACACACGAAUACAAAUCCAUGCCUUACUAUUGGUCUAGUUGUUCAUGGAAAACAAAAAUUCCAGAUACUGAGCUGCAUAUCGUACUGGCUCCUUUUUUCCAAAAGUACUUCAAAGGGAGGGCAAUAUAUUGUUUCAGAAGACAAAGGUGAAUAUAUUGGGUAAUGGUAGUUGAAGAUGCCGGCACCCUGGCGAAUAUGCUGCAAUAAAAAAUCCAAAUCCAAGACUGGAAAAGCUGAAAUGGACGAUAUGGCAGACACAAGUGAUAAAAUGCAGAUGAAAAAAGAAAUUACAUUACUAAAUGGAGUCUCUUUAAUUGUCGGGAACAUGAUUGGCUCUGGGAUAUUUGUAUCUCCCAGAGGUGUUUUAAUGUACAGUGCUUCCUAUGGACUCUCUCUAAUCAUCUGGGCUCUUGGUGGAAUGUUUUCACUGUUUGGAGCUUUGUGUUAUGCUGAAUUGGGAACAUCCAUUGUGAAAUCUGGAGCCAGCUAUGCCUACAUCCUGGAAGCAUUUGGUGCCUUUGUGGCCUUCAUCAGACUGUGGUCUUCUUUGCUAAUUAUCGAACCAACAACUCAGGCAGUGAUAGCAAUCACAUUUGCUAACUAUAUUGUUCAACCAAUUUUUCCUCAUUGUGAACCACCGUAUGAUGCAGUCAGGUUGAUUGCAGCUGCUUGUAUUUGUUCCUUAACAUUUAUUAAUUGUGUGAAUGUGAAGUGGGGAACCCGUGUACAAGAUGUUUUCACAUAUGCGAAAGUUAUGGCUCUUAUCUUGGUGAUAGCUGUUGGCCUUUACAAAAUUGGUAAAGGAGAAACAGAAAACCUGAGAGCUCCCUUCGAGGGCUCAGCAACAAACCCGGGAAUGAUCGCGCUGGCUCUGUACUCUGCCCUCUUUUCCUACUCGGGGUGGGACACCCUGAAUUAUGUCACCGAGGAAAUGCAGAAUCCUGAGAGGAAUUUACCUCUCUCUAUUGCAAUUUCCAUGCCUAUUGUGACUAUUAUUUACUUGAUGACAAAUAUAGCGUAUUAUGUAGUGCUCGACAUGUCAGCUCUCCUCACAAGUGAUGCAGUGGCUGUUACAUUUGGCAGUGAAACCCUUAGUUAUGCUAAGUGGAUAAUUCCUAUAGCUGUGGCCAUGUCCUGCUACAGCGGGUUAAACUCUUCAAUAAUUGCAGCAUCUAGGCUUUUUUACGUUGGAGCCAGAGAAGGACACCUCCCGGACAGUCUGAGCUUGAUUCACAUAAAGUGUUUCACACCAGUCCCUGCUCUUCUCUUUAAUGGCUUAAUGACUUUGCUUUAUCUCCUCGUGGAAGAUGUUUUCCUCCUCAUUAACUACUACUGUUUCAACUACUGGCUCUUCGUGGGUCUGUCUAUUGCAGGGCUAAUAUAUCUGCGAUAUACUCAGCCACAUAGGCCACGGCCUAUUAAACUGAACCUCUUCUUCCCUAUCAUAUACUGUUUAUGUUCCCUUUUCCUGGUCAUAGUUCCUCUCUACAGCGACACAAUCAAUUCCCUUAUUGGCAUUGGUAUUGCCCUCUCAGGCAUUCCUGCAUAUUAUCUGGGAGUCCAUCUGCCAUUUGAAAAAAGACCUAAAUGUCUGCAGUGGCUUUCUGUUAAAACGACAAAAUGUGUUCAACUGCUCUUCUUCUGUGCGCUGUCAGACCUGGACAUAGACAUGGAACCUACAGAAGCCAAGAGCAAAUAGAGCUGCACCUUGACAUUGAGAUUUGCACCUUGACACGUCCUGUCUGGAGCAUUUUUUAUAACCUGAAGUCCUCCCUGUAUCCUCAGUUAAACUAAAGCACUAGCAAUUGACCUAUGCAUCAGUUUGAUGUCUACUAAUUUGUGCUUGUUUUAUAAACUACUUGCCAUCCUCUGCUUUACAAUUUAAAACAAAACAAAACAAAAGUUUGUUAACAGUUAUUGAGUAACAUUUUGAAACUACAAAGCACCUUAUGAACAAAUUUUUAUCAGUAGAUAAGUGUUAAGUAUUAGGUUAAUUGCAAAAGUGUAAAGAAAAGCAUAAAGUCCCAUCAGAAUCCUAACAAAUAAAUUGACAAAUAUAACAAAAAUCAAACCAAAUAUUUGCAAGAUUCAAAACCUGAGUUGGGAAGUAGAAACCAUAAUGUACUUCAAAAUAAUAUCAUUAAAUUCUUAGUCAAA